CCAUCUACACGUGGGGGAACAAGGUUGCAGGGCAGGCUACAGAAAUUGACUUUUGUUGCAUUUGUUUGGUUUUUCUGUUAGGUUCUAACGUUAUAUUCGUAACGCAUCGUCUUCCACAUGCAAAUAUAUGUGUAGUUUGUUUUCUACGUGCUUAUCCAUCAGAUACAGCAGAAGAGCGCUGCUCCUCCGAGCCAUCAGCGACCCAAACACAACUCCACAACAUUACAACAGCAGCAUGUCUGCAAACAAGCGCAGCCUCAAGCGCCAGAGAGAGUCCGCGAGCGCCGGUGGGAAACAGCCGAAGUCCGCGGGAGAGAAAGGGACAGAGUACGGGGGGAAACAGCCGAAGCCCGCAGGAGAGAGAGGGAGAGAGCCCGGCUGGCUGCUGCAGGAAGUGUCUGAGCUCCGCAGAGCCGCGCAGGGGUGCGAGUUCAACAAAAAGCGCCUCCGCUACCUGUCAAACACCCAGAAAAUCAAACAGGGCUCCGAUGGGGUCCUCUACUGGAUGUCUCGCGACCAAAGAGUCCAAGAUAACUGGGCACUGAUCUAUGCUCAGCAGCUGGCCUUGGCUGAGAAACUUCCUCUGCACAUCUGCUUCUGCUUGGUACCUCGAUUUUUGGAUGCAGCUUACAGACAGUAUGCCUUUAUGCUAAAAGGACUGCAAGAAGUGGCAAAGGAAUGCAAAAGCCUGGAUAUUCAGUUCCAUCUGCUGUCAGGGGAACCUGGGCAAAAUCUGCCAACCUUUGUUAAAAACUGGAACUUUGGAGCUGUUGUCACUGACUUUAACCCUCUCAGGAUCCCCCUCCAGUGGAUUGAGACUGUUAAGAAACACCUUCCGUCCGACAUCGCCUUCAUUCAGGUUGAUGCACAUAAUGUGGUGCCGUGCUGGCAAGCAUCUGAGAAGCUGGAAUAUGGAGCCAGGACAAUACGGGGCAAAAUCACUAAACUUCUCCCAGAAUUCCUCACAGAGAUUCCGCUUGUGGACACGCAUCCACACGCCGCUUCUCAAACAGCAAAGCCGAUAGACUGGGAGGAGGUGCUGUCGUCUCUUCAGGUGGACCGUGGCAUUGGCGAGGUGGACUGGGCUCAGCCUGGCACCUCUGCUGGCAUGGCCAUGCUGGAGUCCUUCAUUGAUAAGCGCCUACGUUUAUUUGCCACCCACAGGAACAAUCCCAACUUUGACGCCCUCAGCAAUCUCUCCCCCUGGCUCCACACCGGUCAGCUGUCAGCUCAGCGUGUCGUGAGGCAGGUCAAGCGAGAGAAGAACGCCAGCGAGUCCGUGGCGUCUUUUACCGAGGAACUGGUGGUGCGCAGGGAGCUCGCAGACAACUUCUGCUUCUACAACCACAACUACGAUGAUAUUUCAGGUGCGUACGAUUGGGCCAAGAAGACUUUGCAGGAGCACUCUAAGGACACCAGACAGUACCUUUACACAAAACAGCAGCUGGAGAACGGCAAGACCCACGAUCAGCUGUGGAACGCCGCUCAGCGUCAGCUGGUGUCAGAAGGGAAGAUGCAUGGGUUCCUGCGCAUGUACUGGGCAAAGAAGAUCCUGGAAUGGACUGCGUCCCCUGAAGAAGCCCUCUCUAUCGCUAUAUAUCUAAAUGACCGUUUAUCUUUAGACGGCUGCGAUCCCAAUGGAUACGUGGGAUGCAUGUGGUCCAUCUGUGGCAUCCAUGACCAGGGCUGGGCAGAGAGGCCCAUUUUUGGGAAAAUUCGCUUUAUGAACUAUGCUGGCUGCAAGAGGAAGUUUGAUGUGGCGCAGUUCGAGAGGAAGUAUGCUGCUAUAAAGGCAUCCGUGUAAUUUAAUUCUAGUCAAAAUUCUGCUUUAAAGUUCAGUUUGUACUUGGUUUUUCUGGCUGACAUUUUGUCUCUUGUGAGGUGAAGUUUAUUAAUAAGAUCUUUACAUGUACUUCUGAUCAGUGGACCUACAACUGUGGCUUAAUGUGCUGGAGGGUGAUGCAUCGUAGACUUCAGAAUGCAGUGUUUAGAUAUUGUACUAUCGGUUUUCUGCCUUUUUAUGUGUAGGGGUGGAAGAAUAGUUCCACCAAAAAAAAAAAAAACAUUAUUUUUUUCUUACAAAUAUCUCUCAUAUUGUGCUACAAUACUGUGCCUUUUAAGCUCGCAUUGAGCACCUAAAACAGUGGUUAUCAACACACAACUCCCUAGGGGGCCUCAGUGCACUUCCAAGAGGGCCACAGGAUUUCAUUCAUUUAGAUUAAAAUAAUCUCACUUAAAAAAAUAAAAUAAAAAAAAAAAUGAUUUUUUUUAUUCUUUUUUUUUUAAAACAACAAAAUCCCAGCAAUUUCUUUAAAUCGACAUACGUUUUAACUAUAAAGAUGCUCCACAAUCUGAAUGAAAAAUAUGUUUUGUUGUCAUCUCAUUAUCUUGCAUUUUAGGCUGAAAUGAAGGUAUUUGCAAUAAGAUUAUAGGUAUUUUAAAUGGAAAAAUUAUUCUUGCAAUAAAUCCAUUCAGAUUUUUUCUUUCGAAUUACAAUCUGUAUGCAAUGUCAGACAGAUAUUUCAUAUUUCAUAGCAUGUUAUAAAAAUGAAGAAAAAAAAUGUCAAAAAGGAAACUCCAUGUAAACAAUAUAAACAUUUUAAUACGAUAUAAUAGAUAAAUGAGUGACAAUGACAGCUUUUCAAUGAUUUUUAAUGGAGCAUGCCGUUAAAAUGCUAUUUCUGGUAUUUCUUUUAUACAUAUUUAUGUUAACACUUUACAAAAGGUCUCAUCUGUUAACAUUAGUUAAUGCAUUAACUAACAUGUCAUGAACUAACAAUGAGUAAUACAUUCUUAUAGCAUUUAUUAACAUUUGCUACGGUUUUUAUUAAAUAAAUGCAGUAAAAUUAAAGAUAUUUAGUUCACAACAUUAACCGUUACCAGAUACAACUUUCGAUCUUAGUAAUGUUAAUAAAUGCUAUAGAAGUAUUGUUCAUUGUAGUUAACAAAUGAAACCUUAUUGUAAAGUGUCACCCAUAUUCUUAGAAAGUGUUUCAACAUAAAGUUAAACUGAAAUGAAUAGAAACAAGUAUUUAUGGGAAUAAAUAAAAAUAAACCUGUAGGUUGCCAUGUUGGAAUACAAGUACAUUUAUAUUUAUUGAAUAAAAAGGCAAUUACAUUGAAAAUAAUAUGAAAAAGCAUGUACAAAAAGGGAACUCAACAACAGCCUAUGAAAUCAACUAUAAUGACACAUGAUCCAAAGUAUUUUGUACUUGCCCUCUAGCUUCCCUGAAAAAUAUUAUUUACCAUGCAAUUGAGAAAGUCUCUGGGGACUAUAAUCAAUGAAAUAUAAGCACUUUUUAUCAUCUUAGAUUUGACAGCUGAUGUAUUGGGCUCUGUAGAAGCAUAUAGAUAAAGAUCGUAAAGUAAACAGGCGAAGGUUUCAGUAUUCACCCUUGAGUAAAGACACGUUUACCUCAUGCACAUACAACAGUUCUCUGUACAGAGUCAGACAUUUGCGAAUCACAAUAUAUCAAUAUAAAUGAAUAGCUCAUUUUUAGAAAUCGUUCAUUUAUAGAAUAUAUUUUGAAUAUUUCACAUUCACUAUGAUUACAUUCACAGAACAGAAGUUAUAAGAAAUAUAAACAUAUAGAAUAAAAAACUGGCUAAUAUAACCUCAUCACAUCACCACAGUGUUGCAAAAUAUACCGUCAUCAUUACAUUCCAAAGUCCAAAAUAAUGUAAAGUAGUUACUGGAAUCAUUCAAGAUUUACAAUUGCUGUCCAUACUCUUACUCUGCGUUAUAUGCAACUGAAUUUUACAAGACAUGGUUUAUAAUUUUACAA